GUACCUUCUGGAAUUGGAUCCUGAGCUGUCUGCCUUUCAAGCUGAUCUGUUCCAAAGGAUCACUGAAUGAUCAGUUUGCCCACUGAUGAAGCUUGGCUUGAGUUCUAAUCAUUGUCAAUCCAACUGUCCUCCGUCCGAACCAGCGUUGUCAAACUUUUCGAACUUCAUGGGGCUUCUCUCUACAUUUUCAUCACUGAACACAUUGAACAGCAUCUGAGCCACAACAGAGUGCUGAGGGACUGCACAUGCUACCUCUUGCCAGUUGGAGAAGAACCCAUUAAAAAGUACUCUCUAGGUGGCUCUGCUGUGGCUGGAAGAAGCAGCUUUUGUGUAACCAGCAGAGAAAGGGCAGAGGAGAGGGUUUCAAAGGACAAGCGGCUCCCGGAGAAGACUCCAUAGAAAGCACCGCAUUUUCCAUCGUAUCACAUACACAACAGUGGAGCAGAUUGAUUUCCGUUCUAGAUGUGAAUCAACCCCAGGAUGCAACAUGUCUCCCCAGCGCCAGCUCUGACAAUGAUGGCCGCACAGACUGUGCCCCCUCCCCCUUAUCAAGAAACCCAACAGAUGACUGCCACAGCGCAACAGCCGGCCAAAGCCCAGCCAGUACACAUCAACACACCUUCAGCAGCCGCCAACACUCCUAUCCCCAGCACUCCCAUCGACCCUCAGGCACAACUGGAGGCUGACAAGCGGGCUGUCUACAGACACCCUCUCUUUCCCCUCCUGACCCUGCUGUUUGAGAAAUGUGAGCAGGCAACGCAAGGCUCAGAGUGCAUCACUUCUGCCAGCUUUGAUGUCGACAUUGAGAAUUUCGUACACCAGCAAGAACAAGAGCACAAACCAUUCUUCAGCGAUGACCCUGAGCUCGACAACCUGAUGGUGAAAGCCAUUCAGGUCCUGAGAAUUCACCUCCUGGAGCUGGAGAAAGUGAAUGAAUUGUGCAAGGACUUUUGUAACCGUUACAUCACCUGCCUCAAAACUAAGAUGCACAGCGACAACCUACUCAGGAAUGACCUUGGGGGGCCUUACUCCCCAAACCACUCCUCCAUAAACCUACACACACAGGAUAUGCUGCAGAAUUCUCCUAACUCAAUGACUGCAGUACCCGGCAACCCCCAAGGAAUCGUGGUGCCUGCAUCAGCACUGCAGCAGGGGAACAUCUCCAUGACAACAGUCAACUCACAAGUUGUGUCAGGUGGAGCCCUUUACCAGCCUGUAACUAUGGUAACGUCUCAGGGCCAGGUGGUAACCCAAGCAAUCCCACAGGGAGCCAUUCAGAUCCAGAACGCGCAGGUUAACCUGGACCUGACCUCCCUCCUUGACAGCGAAGAUAAAAAGUCAAAGAACAAACGAGGAGUCCUGCCGAAGCAUGCCACGAAUAUCAUGCGGUCCUGGCUCUUCCAGCAUCUUAUGCACCCUUACCCAACAGAGGACGAGAAAAGGCAGAUAGCAGCCCAGACUAACCUCACGCUUUUGCAAGUCAACAACUGGUUUAUCAAUGCCCGGCGACGUAUCCUGCAGCCCAUGCUUGAUGCAAGCAACCCAGAUCCUGCCCCCAAGGCCAAGAAGAUCAAAUCCCAGCACCGGCCUACGCAGAGAUUUUGGCCCAACUCCAUUGCGGCUGGAGUACUGCAGCAACAAGGAGGCAACCCUGGUACUAACCCUGAUGGCUCUAUAAACAUGGACAACCUGCAGUCCCUCUCCUCUGAUAACGCCACCAUUGCCAUGCAGCAGGCCAUGAUGGCUGCGGCUCACGAUGACUCACUUGACGGGACAGAAGAUGAGGAGGACGACGAGAUGGAAGAGGAGGAGGAAGAGGAGGAGGAGGAGGAGGAGCUGGAGGAGGAGACCGAGGAACUCCAGACAACAAAUGUUAGCGACCUUGGCUUGGAGCACAGUGACUCGCUUGAGUAAAGGACCCUGGUCAGUGGUGAAGCAUAUGCCUCCUGAGAAACCUGGCUGCUUGACGAAAUCAUUGGCCUGAGAAGAGAGCCUGAACUUUCACGUACAAGCCCUGCACCCCUUUAAAGAGAUCAUUCAACGACAAUGCCCUUACCCCGAGUCCGGCUCACCUGCUUUCAGUUGCAGGAGCGGACACAAAUGAUGCACAUUUAAGAGACCUGCCGAAUGUGCAAAGUGAUUAUUUAAGUGAAGGAGACACGUUUACAAGGCACAUAUUGUGGCCAGUUCAUUUCUUUUCUUUUUUCCUUUGUUUUUGAUAAUAACAACAACAAAAAGUGUUUUUAGGGUAAGCUGUUUUCUGUACGACUGAAUGUUUUAUGGAUGUUCUAAUGCAAAGCCUUUUGGUGACAUGCAAUUGAGAGGCAAGUCUGUUUUCAUUUUCACAGCUUUUAUGAGAGAUUUAUAGAUGCAGAGAGAGAGAGAGAGAGAGAGAGAGAGAGAAGAGAUUGGUGGUUUUUACAAAAAUAAACUAAAAGACUGUAAUGAUUAUAAAUAUCUAGAUGUAGG